AUGGUGAUCAACUAUACCUUGAGCUCCUCACCGCCGCCGGUGGGCAGCUCGGCAAUGGGCACGUCGCCGAUCAGAGGCAUUCGUCGCGGUAACGACGUCGACGAGCUCGCUGACGAGACGAUCCCCGAGUCCCCGUACCAGACACAAGCCACGCAGAUUGUCAACCGAACCUCACUUACGUCCCAAGCUAAGCCGCAAGCCGACCUUUCCUCCUCCCCCUCUUCGCGUUCGGUCAUUGAGGUUCCCGCAUCUUCGCCGUUCCAGAAUAAAUCAUCCUACUUCUCACGCCUGGUGCCCCCUGGCUCACGGUUCCAGCCGCCUCCCGCGUCACAAGCGCCUUCCAACCCGCGGAAGAGACCAUCGGCGGAGCCUGUACUCAUACAAGGCUCGUCCGACGAAGAAGAUGACCGAAAUUUACGAGGCAAAAUCAGCCAGACGUCUUUUAAGAAACAUGUUGCAAACUUCGAGUAUGUUCCGGUGGACAAGCUGCAAAAGAAGAUCGAAGAGGUUUCCGAAGCGCUUAACGGCACGAUACCGGUUCAAUACUACAAGGAAGCUUUAACCGCAUGCCACAAUAAUGUUGAGGACGCGAUCAACUACUUGUUGGACGGUCGGCACCUGAAGACCAAGGUCAACAGUUUCGUAAGCUCUACGAAGCCGGACAUCGCCCUUAGCGACGAAAGAAGAAAGAGCCUGGAGCGCAAAUCAAGCAGGCUCGGCUCACCUAGCAAGCCAAGGCUACUCGGACGACAUGCACUGAGCCUACCUACGCCUUCUCGAAGCACCACUCCCUCACCGCCAAAGCCCAAGCGCCGGCGCUUGAUGCAAGGUCGUCGCCCCGAUAGAUCUCCAGUUGCGUCGCAGCAGCCUCACGAAGACGAACCGUCGCUAGACGAGCUCGCCGCCGACAAGGUGGACGAACCCAUCAUCAUCCCUGAUGACAACGAAGACGAGGAUUUUGAUAAUGAGGAUGAAUUGAACGAGGCGGUGAAGGACAGUCUACAGGACAAGGCUCUCCAAGCCAUCAACACCAGCUCGAUCGAGGAUUUGUCGGCCAUGACGAACAUCAAACUGGACGAACUCAAGAUCAUUGAGACCAAGAGGCCCUUCGACACCAUCAGUGAGGUACAAGCCGUUACCGUGGCCAAGAAAGUAGGCGCCCGCAGCCGGCGGCCCAAGGUUCCGAUUGGAGAGACUCUGGUCGAAUCAAUCAUGGAGUUUACUCGCAGCGUCAAUGCCAUUGAUGAGGUUGUGGCUGAGUGUGAGAAGAAGGCGAAUAAAGUCAAGCAGGAAAUCAGCCGGUGGGAUCUCGACGUCAAGGGACAGAAACGGAGCACACAGAGCUCCUCCGCUAACAGCGACCUCCCCAUGACGCCGACAAGCUUCCACAGCCAGAAGCUCUCAGAGCCGCCAAUCUCUUGCCAGCCAAAGUUCAUGGACGGGCACUGCACGAUGCGCCCCUUCCAGUUGUUCGGUCUCAACUGGAUGUCCCUACUGUACAACAGUGGCUACGGAUGCAUUCUGGCCGAUGAGAUGGGUCUGGGCAAAACAUGCCAGGUCAUUUCUCUCAUCUGUCACCUCGUCGAAAACUACGAGCAAACCGGAAAGGGCGAAAGACCGUGGCCCAAUCUCGUCGUUGUACCGCCGUCGACAUUCUCGAACUGGAUGGGAGAGUUCCAGCGUUUUGCGCCUGGCCUCUCGAUUCUUGCGUAUCAAGGUCCGCAAGCCGAACGUAGAGAGAUAGCAUAUGAAAUGCUCGAAAAUCCGGCGGACUACCACGUCGUGUUGACCACCUAUACCCAAGUCGGCUCUGAGGAGGAUUUGGAGGCUCUCCGGGAGCUGCAGCCCGCCGCCGCCAUCUUUGAUGAGGGACACAAGAUGAAGAACCCCAAGACGAAGAUCUACAAAGAUUUGAUCAGGAUCAAGGCCGGCUGGAGAAUGCUGCUCACCGGCACACCCGUUCAGAACAACUUGAUGGAAAUGCUGGCGUUGUUGAACUUCAUCGACCCACUCCAGUUCAACGGCCGAAUGGACCAGCUACAGUACAUGUUCAGUCAGAAGGUUACCAUUCGCGACGUCAACAAUGGUGCUUUCCUCUAUGGCGAACGUGUCAGCCGAGCCAGAACGAUCCUGGAGCCGUUCAUCUUGCAACGUCGCAAGCAGCAGGUGCUCUCCGACAUGCCGGCCAAGAUUUGCAACGUCGCAUACUGCGAUUUGGCGCCAGGAGUGCAGAAGGAACUGUACGAAGACUACGAACGUCUCUUCAAGGCAGGGCCGGUCAAGAAGACGAUCACCGGUCGGCAGAGCGACCAGAACAACAGCUGGAUGCAGCUUCGGAAGGCAGCCCUCCACCCACAACUAUUCCGUCGUUAUUUCGACAACAAGAAGGUUGAGAAGAUGGCGGAAAUCCUGAUGCAGGAGGUUCCGCAAUCCGAGCUGCAGCAGCCGCGAAUCGACCAUUUGAUUGGAGAGUUGCAAAACUCUUCCGAUUUCGAGCUGCACCUCUGGUGCCGCGAUUACGCUUGUAUCAGGCACCUCGACGUCCCCGAGGGAUCUUGGAUGGAGAGCGGCAAGGUCGUCAAGCUACUGGAGCUCAUCCAUCAGUACCGCGGCAACGGCGACCGCGUCCUCGUGUUCAGCAAAUUCGCCAAGGUCAUUGAAAUUCUGCGGGAGGUCCUCCACACCGACGGCAUCAAGCACUGUGUCCUGUACGGUCAGACCAAUGUCGCGGAACGCCAGGAUCUGAUUGACGAGUUCAACAACGAUACGGACAUUACAGCCUUUUUGCUGACGACGGGCGCCGGUGGUACGGGCAUUAACCUAACAUCGGCCAACAAGAUCAUCAUCUUUGACCAGUCCGACAACCCGCAGGACGAUAUCCAGGCCGAGAACCGAGCCCACCGCCUCGGUCAGACAAGGGAUGUAGAGGUGAUUCGCUUGUUGACGUCUCAUACCAUCGAGGAGCUCAUCUACAAAGCCUGUCAGAAGAAAAUCGAGCUCGCUGAGAAGGUCACCGGCGCAGUGGAGGAUGUGGAAGACAAGAAUGCCGAGGAGAACUUGGAGAAGGAGGUCCGGAAGAUGAUGGUGGACCAAUUGACGCCUUCAUGA